GGUAUAAGAGGGGGUGGAUAUUCAACGUCUCCACGCCACAGUCACUUCGUGUUGACUCGGCACGACGCGCUCCUCGUCCUCACCAAGAAUCAUCUUCUUUCUCCUAGAGCCGUCAGCAUGGAUCCUCUGGAACUGGAGUCGUUCGAGAGGCUGGAAGUGGCGAACCAGAAGGCGCAUCACCUGGAGGCUCUCGCCGUGGAGAAAGACCGUCUGUUCUUGCGGAGGGGGCAGCCGUUCCAGCUUCUCGUCAAAUUCCGAGGGCGGCUGUUUAGCCCCGGGAAGGAUGCCAUCGUAUUGGCACUGCAUACGGGCCCCAGCCCUUCGCAGAAGGACGGCACCCUCCUGCGCGCAUCCUCGGACAACGCGGGGGAGCUCUCCGUGACCGCACACGGCAGCGGCGACACCUGGAGCUUGCUCGAGGCGUCCACCCAGGCCAGCGCCCCCAUCGGCCGCUACACGGCCUUCCUGGAGACGAGGCACGCGAAGGGCGGCGACCGCACGGUGCGCUGCUUCCCCCUGGGAGAAAUCGUCCUUCUCUUCAACGCCUGGUGCAAAGACGACGCCGUGUAUAUGGAGGACGACCUCCUCCGCUCCGAGUACGUUCUCAACGAGACGGGAAAGAUCUACGUGGGCUCCCAAGACUACAUCUCCUCCGUCCCAUGGAACUUCUCCCAGUUCGCCCGGGGCCUGGGUGACAUCUGCUUCCAGAUCCUGGACAAAAGCAACGUGGCGCUCAAGGAUCUGGCAGCAGACACGAAGAAGCGCGGAGACCCCAUCCAUGUCAGCCGAGUGCUCUCCGCCAUGAUCAACUCCAACGACGACAAGGGGGUGCUGCAGGGAAAUUGGUCGGGCAAGUACCCAGACGGGACGUGGCCCACCAGCUGGACAGGCAGCGCCGACAUCCUGCGUUGCUGGUAUAAGACGCAGUGCCAGGCGGUCAAGUAUGGUCAGUGCUGGGUGUUUGCCGGGGUGGCUUGUACCGUGAUGCGCUUCUUUGGCCUGCCGACACGCUGCGUCACCAACUUCACGUCGGCGCACGACAAGGACGGGAACCUCUCGUGCGACCGCUUCUACUACGAGAGCAGCAACAAGCAGGAGUCCCACGACUCUGUGUGGAACUUCCACGUGUGGGUGGAGAGUUGGAUGUCGCGGAAGGACAUCGAGGAGGGAUACGAUGGGUGGCAGGUGGUUGAUCCAACCCCCCAGGAGAGGAGCGAGGGCGUGUUCUGCUGCGGGCCGGCGCCGGUGAAUGCGGUGCGCAAGGGCCAGGUAGCGCUGGGCUACGAGACGCCGUUCGUGUUCGCCGAGGUGAACGCCGACGUGGUGAUGUGGUCCGUGGCGGCCGACGGGAGGCGAACGCGCAUGUCGUGCAUCACGGACCACGUGGGACGCUGCAUCAGCACCAAGCGCGCGGGCCGCGACGAGCGGGAGGACAUCACGCUGCAGUACAAGUACCCUGAAGGCUCCAAGGAGGAGCGAGCGGCCUAUGCCCGGGCAACGUGCAUCGUCCGUGGGGAGAAACCGCAGCCAGGAGUCGACGACGACUAUUCUCGGCCACCGCGUGUGCCGCCGGCCCCCAACGGAGCCGGCGAGCAGGGCGAGCAGCAGGAGGUGGUCCAGGGCCUGGUCCUGCGAACCCGCCUGAGCCGCUCGGCGUUUGUGGGCAGCGACAUGGACGUGCACACGUCGCUGCGGAACCCGUCGCGCCGGCACGCGGCGGUCGUGCGUCUUGUGCUCUGCGCCAGGGCCGUCACCUACACGGGGAUAGUCAAGGGCAUCUGCACCCAGAGGGAGUGCACCGUGAAGGUGCCUCCCGGAGAGAUUGUCUCGGAGCCGCUGCGUAUCAAGUACAAGGACUACGAGUCUCAGCUGAGAGAUCAGAACAUCAUCCGCGUCACCUGCGCUAUCACUCUGCCCGGCCAGGAGACGAUCCUGGCCUUUUCUGAGCGGAACAUCAUCCUCGAGACCCCAGAGAUCCACGUGAUGGUGCUGGGUGAGCCUGUGGUUGGCCGAGAGCUGAAGGUCGAGAUGUCCUUGGUGAAUCCACUGCCUCAGCCUCUGGACGACGGGGUGUUCUCCCUCGAGGGACCAGGCCUCACCAGUCUCCAGCAAAUCUCCUGCAGCGACGUGGUGGAACCCGAGAAGAGAGUGUGCGUCAGUGCAUCGUUUUGCCCAAGCAAGCCUGGGCUGCACAACCUCAUCAUCACGUUCAACAGCAAUCGCCUGCGUAACGUCCACGGAGAGGCACGCGUCAUCGUGCGCAGAGCUUAAGUGCGCCGAGCUGACUGCCCCGCGCAGCCUGGGUUCAGAGUCUGGGUAUGCGUGCAUUCCAACCAGCUGUGCGGGAUACUACGGGUUUCAAAAUGACCGUUAACAUAGUAACAAUUCAGUCUAUUUGGUAUUUGCGCCAUUCUUAUCACGGGGUGUCCCAAAAGUCUAGAAUUAUAGGGGAAAUAAUACAAAAAGCAAUAAUAACGCUUUUAUUCACAGAACAUACUCGAUGUGUCCACCAUUGUUCCUGAUACACAACAAACUCCUCGAAGGACUACUGCGUGGUUUAUCUUGUAUGGAUCCCGUUUCCCUAAACUUUGCAACACAGCUCUGUGUUAUUGGCUCGCGGUCUGGAUGCAGUCUGUUAAAUGCAACAGCGAUUCCUAUGAGUUGCAUUAUCUUGACUCAUUCUUCCUUACUCAGAUACAUCUUGGGCCUGCAGAAACAAAACAAUAUGAAUUAGUUAUGUUUUCCCUAUGAUUCCAGACUUAUGGGAUACCCUGUAUAUAUGACGAAGGCGCCAUGUGCCACAGACAGAUUUAGUCUUCCAUUAUAAGGGGAUGUUGCUGCUGCCGCCAAUGUGAAAGCAAAAAUUCAGUCGUUUGUGGGGUCAUUUUUAAAAUUCGAAAAUGUUGACCGUUACGUCAGCACACAAUGACCUCCUAAUUUUUGAAAUGCAUGAGGGGUUCUGUAACAUCAACUGUGAAGCAGGCGGCGCUUAGUACGUUGUGCUUAAUACACCUGAAGUUAUAACUAGCGUCGUCUGCCAGAUUAAAACCACGAAUCUCUGCAACAAGUGGCCAUGUCUGGGUAUUUUCAUGUCUAUUUCUCUGUUUUUUAAAUAUAUGUUAAGUACUGUAGUUCAUAAUGUCAAUGUCAGAUACGCUCAACUAGUACUACCUUAUUAAAACACCUGGGUCUAAUCCUUGGGUAUGUUUGCAUUUUAUAUCAAGGCUGUUUCGCCCAUCUAUGCACUGCACGUUAAGUAUGUUCCGAUUAGUGGUGGUUGUUUAUGAGGGUAGACUGACAGCUGCCAUUAGAAUUUGGGCCACCCCUGAGUUUGGAGGCCAUCAAGUGACUUGGCUCAGAGUCACGACUGACAACAACUAAGGUUGUGAAGCCAUGCAUGUGUCAGCUCUUCCCGCCUGCAAAUGUGUUGGGCACCGUUACUCUCGUGAAGAUAAUCCAAUACCAACAAACCUUUUCCAUGAACUUGCGUUGCUAUUCGGAACCCAUCCGAAAUAAAACCAAAUUUAUCAAAUGGUAACCCUAAACUCGGAGACUCGAGACGUGCUAUGAGGACCAACAUCGGCAACACGGCCCUGCCGGCCGAGGUUGCACCUUGCUGGGCAGAGCCGCUUUGAGAGCAGCGUGGACUCGUCAUGGCCUAUGGACGUACUGCUUUCUGCGCGCCUUUACAAGAGCGCGACUGUUGUCAUUUAAAAGCAAACACUUCAGAGGACAAUCGCAUUGUUAGAAAGCGUUUAAAGAACUUUAACCAUAUGCGUAAAUUCCCAUUCCUUGUUUAUUCCGUUGUGGUUUUUUUUCACCAUGGGGAGCCAACUGAUAACACUGGUCAGCCAAUCUAUCCUUGCCUGCCAUGCUGUCGCCAGUCUCAACGUCUUACGUUUGCAUACCUGUCAACCCCCUUAUCAGUGCCCUACUUUAUUACAGACCAAUUCAGACCUUAUCGGUCAUAAAUAUCAAUGUUCAUCUAUACAAGGUCACCUCACAAGGGAGAAAGACACGUUUGUUUUGCCCGUAUUGAAACGGCUGAAUGCCGUAUGGACCUGAAAACUCAAUUCCCCUGUACAAGAAUACAGUUAAACCGUAGGUGUUGACAGGUAUGCAUUUAUGACAUACGUAACAUUUAAAGUGACGGUGUUUGGUUUGUUCCUUUAUUUGAAAAUGUCUUGCUUAUGUUUUAUGGGCCAAAUAAAUAGAUACAGAAAUAAU